AUGGUCUACGCCUUCAGCCUCCCAACCACUUCGCCUCUCUCAUUCCAAUCCUUCAUCUCCUCCUCAACACACCCUUCUCUUCCCCAAUCAGCAUCCACUGCCCGUCAUGCUCUCCGUCUCGCUUUAAAGGCCCACAAGCGCCUACCCCGCGGCGCCCGACAAGACGCCCACCUCCCAACCGUUCUCUCCGCACUAAACAACUACCUCCCUUAUCUGUUCGCAAUCUCACACGGCCUACGUGGUCAAUCUAUCAAACUUGAUGAUACCAUCGGCAGCCAAUAUGGAAGCUAUAAUAAUCCGUCAGCGGAGAACCAGCCUCGCGCCGGUGAAGAGAUCGAGAUAACACUGCGCGCGGAGAUCGAAUCUGCCUGGAAGCCCACAUUAUCAAACACCAGUGCUUUAAACCUCAGCUCUUCAGCUGGUAACUCAUCAAGCGGGAAAGGAUUCCGAGCUCGCGGGGGCCGUGCUACAGGCCUAGGAAUCAACUUUGAAAUCGCAUUCGUGCUCACAACUCUCGGCUACGUGCUAAGCCGACUUGCGCGGGCGAGCGUCAUCCAAUCAGUAUAUGCGCCCGUUGCCCAAAGCGCCGAGCAACGCACUGCGGCCGUGCAGACUGCAACGCGGCAUCUACUACAAGCUAGCUCGGUACACGGGCUUCUAGCUUCCUCGCCUUCUCUUUCCGUGGCGGCGUCAGUGCCUGCAUCUGUGUCGGAUGUGGAUACAACGACGCAGUCGGCUCUAGCUUCCCUCGCGCUUGCGGAAGCUACGCUUUUAGCCGUGUUAAAAGAUGACGCGUAUGUUGCGGCCUGUAUCCAAGCGCGCAAUCCAAAUGACCGGGAAUGGAUGGUGAAAGCACCCGAUAUUCCGAAGGUGCGGGCUUUAUUAUUUGCGCGUUUGUGUGUGCGCGCUGCAGAGUACGCGGAGCAGGCUGCGGCUGGACUUGGAACUGUUGGAUCAGGCAAAAGUGGUCGUCUUGAUGAUGAAAUCACGCGGUAUGCUGCUGUUUUGGGCCGAGUUGCUCGUGCGCGUGCUUGCCGGUUUUUUGGAAUUGAUGCUGAACUUGCUGGGAAAUGUGGUGAGGGCAUUGCAUGGCUUCGAGCUGCGCGGACACCUCUUGGGCUGCGUGGAGGCGCGGGAUCAUCUACUGGAUCGGAUGAUCCUGGUCUGUCAACUCCGUCCAAGAGUGGAUUUUCCCGCCUCAAGCGUGAGUGGACUGAGCGCCGGGAAGAGAAGAAGAUUGGCAAAGAUGCUGGCGGUGGCCGUAGCGACAAAGGUCUUCUACAACCGGGAGACGAUGCUGGUCGUGACGAGGAGGGUCGAGUGAUCACGAUGCUGGAGACGAAAUGGGUGCGCAUGAAUGAUACAAUCAACACUCAAGCCAUUCCGCCGUCUGCACCCUUAUUAUCUAACCUGCCGUCUGGUCGAGACAUACACACACCGCCUGCACCAUAUAACCCUCCUUCAUUAGAUGAAGACCAGCUGAUGCACAUGCGGGCUCCACCCAAUGAGCACGAGGAUCUAUCCUUCGCGAACGAUCCUGAUGACAGUGACGAGGAGGAUAACUCACCUGAGACACGUGCGCCGCCGGGCGGAUUUCCGGAUCGCAGCGAAACAGUGUCAACAGUGUAUUAUUGA